AUGUCCAAAGGGGAAGUUUUUGCACCCCCUCCACUCACUCACUGGCGUGGAGAGGUGAAACGCUGUAGGGCUGAACAGCUGUUACCAAGGGCAGUGAGAUGCUCCGCCUUGGUGUUUGCGCUGCUGCCGCCAGCAGGGAUCGGUGCCCUGCAUUGUGCACCUUCUUCCAGGGGCUCUGGGCAGCGCCUCUGGAGACACGUGAGGCCGGUGUGCAAGGAGGCGGCUGCUGGGGUGCUCCCCUGGGCAGCUCCCCCGCUCCCGCCCGGCUGGUUGGAGUUCAGAAAGCGGGAUAUGGAAGCAGAUACUCUCAAAGAUGAAGACCAUAUGGCUGAGUGGACUGCCAAUGAUCCAGCAAGACUGGUGCCAUCUCCUAGCAAAAUCACUGAGAAGGCCAUGUGCUUUUUGCCCCCGGGCCAGAUAAACAGCACAAAUGGCUCAUUCAAUGAGCAGUUUACACCUUUCUGCUACUCAGCUGACAGCAGUAUGAUGGGCAGUAAUGGCAGCUCAUCAGAUAACAGGUUCCAUGGCCAAGCUUUUCAGGAUGCAAAACAACUCAAUUAUUUGGCCAGCUCUGCUCUUUUUCCUCAUUUGUUGGCAUCCAGCAUAACUCAGACUGGAAUUGUCCAGGGCAGUAAAAGUAGUGACUUGGAAACACUCAGUCCUGUUGCUGCUGCUCCUGCUCCUCAGAUAAGUCAAGUUUCAGAGUAGCAGCCGUGUUAGUCUGUAUCCGC